AUGUGCCGAGGAUCAGCCUCAGGCCGAGGACGGGGAUCAGACCCUGUUCCUGGCGAUGACGACGUUGCUGAGGAGCAGCAGCAGUUGGAGGCUGGAGCACCUGUUCAGCCUCGACAGCAGCGUGAGCCUGGCGAGCCCCCGGCUGUUCUGGACGACCAUGGUAGGGCGAGGGUUCACCCGGACCCUAGCAGGACGAUGUUGAUCGACUCUAGGCCUGUUUCACGGGCUAUGCGAGAGAUUUUUAGGAAGUGCUGGUUCGAUAAUAGAACAGCAUGGCACUUUUUAACAGCGAAGCAGAGAGAGUUCUACUUCCAGAAGUUCCAGAAAGAAUUCUGGUGGGAUAGGGCAGCGUACAGCGAGAAGGUCAUCAGACAGGUCUUCAUGACCCAUGCAGCCAACCGCUACAAAGAUAACAUCCACAGAAUGAGGAGGACGCAACAGAAGCAUAUUUCUAUGACCCAGGAUAUCUGGGAUGCUUGGAACGCGUUCUGGAACUCAGAGAAAGAGAGGAGAAGGUCAGAAACCGCCCGAGCAAAUCGGAUGAGCGAGCCAGCGGGCGCCGGUUUUGGACCUGUCCGCCAUACUGGUGGAUCUCGCUCUGCUCUCAAGCAUAUGGAUGUGAUGGAAAGGGAGCUUGGCCGGAAACCGAGUGCGACGGAGUUGUACACUCGCCUUCACUCCACGAAGGCUUACAAGAAGCCGGUCGACAAACGGGCUCAGGAUGUGGCUGACGCCAUCACUAAGAGGCUUGCUGCUGCGACACAGCCUCAGACCGGAGAGGGUAGCUCCUCGAGCCCAGCUGCAGUGGACGAGACCCAGGUGUUUCUAGACAUCAACGACAUCAACAAGAAGAAACGUGUGUACGGCUUGGGUUCUGCGAGCAGCAGGUACGCCGGGCCAAGCAGCAGGGUGCAGCGAGGCAGCUCUUCUAGGACGUCGCAGCAGGCAGACGAGGAGGUCGAGCGCCGUGUGCAGGCCGGCAUUCAGGAGGGUCUGCGACUGGCUCAGGAGCAGCAGACAACGACCAUGGCCCAGCUGAUACGCGAGGAGAUUGCUAGGAUGAUUCCUAACCUUCCGGCAGAGUAUCGGCCACAGCCCCCACCUACCCCACCAGACGAUGACGACACUACAGCUUUGUAG